CUCGUCAUUUCAUGGGAAUUCCGUUCCUUUUCUCCCCCACUUCUGGUGCCGGAAACUCAUUCGUCUCUCCUUGAUUCGUUCCUGCCAUAGAUCUCUUUUCCUUCUUCCGAGGGCCCAAGUCUUCUCCAUCGCUGCUGCCAGAUCUCGCAGUGAUUUGGAUCCUCUAGAAGCUCUCCCUUUUAAUGCUUUUUUAGUUCGCUAUUUGAUUCUUGAUCUACGAAUUCAGUCACCACCACAGAUCCGAGUCUCUAAUACUCGGGUCAUCUGUCACAGGCACCAUGGCAGCUGCGAACGCUCCGAUCGCCAUGAGAGAGGCCCUAACUUUGCCAAGCAUUGGCAUCAAUCCACAGUUCAUCACUUUUACGCAUGUGACGAUGGAAUCCGAUAAGUACAUAUGUGUUCGGGAAACAGCUCCGCAGAACAGCGUGGUUAUAAUUGAUAUGAACAUGCCAAUGCAACCCUUGAGGAGGCCUAUUACUGCGGAUUCAGCUCUCAUGAAUCCAAAUUCGAGAAUUCUUGCUCUGAAGGCCCAACUCCAAGGGACAACUCAAGAUCACUUACAAAUAUUUAAUAUUGAGAUGAAAACAAAGAUGAAAUCCUAUCAGAUGCCUGAGCAGGUAGUAUUUUGGAAAUGGAUUACCCCAAAGAUGUUGGGUCUUGUGACACAAACCUCAGUAUACCACUGGUCAAUAGAAGGUGACUCUGAACCUGUAAAGAUGUUUGAGAGAACAGCAAAUUUGGCAAACAAUCAGAUAAUUAAUUAUAGAUGUGACCCUACUGAAAAGUGGUUGGUCUUGAUUGGCAUUGCUCCUGGUUCCCCUGAGAGGCCACAAUUGGUUAAAGGGAACAUGCAACUUUUCUCUGUGGAUCAGCAGCGAAGUCAAGCUCUUGAAGCACAUGCUGCAUCGUUUGCUCAAUUUAAAGUUCCUGGGAAUGAGAAUCCUUCUGUACUGAUUUCUUUUGCCACAAAGACACUCAAUGCCGGUCAAAUUAUAUCCAAAUUACAUGUUAUUGAGCUGGGUGCACAGCCAGGGAAGCCAUCAUUUACAAAGAAACAAGCAGAUCUUUUCUUCCCCCCAGAUUUUGCUGACGACUUUCCAGUUGCCAUGCAGAUAUCCCACAAGUACAGUUUGAUUUUCGUGAUCACCAAGCUUGGCCUACUUUUUGUCUAUGACUUAGAGACAGCCACUGCAGUAUACAGGAACAGAAUUAGCCCAGAUCCUAUUUUUUUGACGGCAGAAGCUUCAUCAGUGGGAGGUUUUUAUGCUGUCAACAGAAGAGGCCAGGUGUUAUUGGCUACUGUUAAUGAACAAACCAUCGUGAAUUUUGUUAGCGGUCAACUAAACAAUUUGGAGCUGGCAGUUAAUCUUGCCAAAAGGGGAAAUCUUCCAGGGGCUGAGAAGCUGGUUGUGGAACGUUUCCAUGAACUCUUUGCCCAAACAAAGUAUAAAGAAGCAGCUGAGCUUGCUGCUGAAUCUCCGCAAGGAAUUCUUCGUACACCUGACACUGUUGCCAAAUUUCAGAGUGUUCCUGUGCAAGCUGGGCAAACUCCUCCACUCUUGCAGUAUUUUGGAACACUGUUAACAAGAGGAAAAUUGAAUGCUUUUGAGUCCCUGGAAUUGUCACGGCUUGUUGUGAACCAGAACAAGAAAAAUCUGUUGGAGAAUUGGCUGGCUGAGGACAAGCUGGAAUGCAGCGAGGAGCUUGGAGAUCUUGUUAAGACAGUAGACAAUGAUCUCGCUUUGAAAAUAUAUAUCAAAGCCAGAGCUACUCCAAAAGUCGUUGCUGCUUUUGCUGAGAGAAGGGAGUUUGACAAAAUCCUGAUAUACUCAAAGCAGGUUGGGUACACACCUGACUACCUCUUCCUUUUGCAAACAAUUCUCCGGACAGAUCCUCAGGGUGCUGUUAAUUUUGCAUUAAUGAUGGCUCAAAUGGAGGGUGGUUGCCCAGUUGAUUACAACACCAUAACCGAUCUGUUUCUUCAGAGAAAUUUAAUCCGUGAGGCAACAGCUUUUCUCUUGGAUGUUCUGAAGCCAAAUCUACCAGAACAUGGGCACCUUCAAACAAAGGUGUUGGAGAUAAAUCUGGUGACCUUCCCCAAUGUAGCUGAUGCAAUCCUGGCAAAUGGCAUGUUCAGCCAUUAUGAUCGCCCUCGUAUAGCCCAACUAUGUGAAAAAGCUGGUCUUUAUGUGCGAGCUUUGCAACAUUACAUUGAGUUGCCAGAUAUAAAACGAGUUAUUGUAAACACACAUGCAAUAGAGCCACAGUCACUGGUAGAGUUUUUUGGUACUCUUUCACGAGAAUGGGCUUUGGAGUGCAUGAAAGACCUUUUACUGGUCAAUCUCAGAGGCAACCUUCAGAUAAUUGUGCAGGUUGCAAAAGAAUAUUGUGAACAAUUGGGUAUUGAUGCCUGCAUAAAGCUUUUUGAGCAAUUUAGGUCAUAUGAAGGACUGUACUUUUUCCUCGGAUCAUAUUUGAGCUCCAGUGAGGAUCCUGACAUUCACUUUAAGUACAUUGAAGCAGCUGCUAAGACUGGACAGAUUAAAGAGGUUGAGCGUGUAACUAGAGAAUCAAAUUUCUAUGAUCCUGAGAAAGCAAAGAACUUCCUUAUGGAAGCUAAGCUUCCAGAUGCACGACCUUUAAUAAAUGUCUGUGAUCGUUUUGGAUUUGUUCCUGAUCUAACACACUAUCUAUACACAAACAACAUGCUUCGCUACAUUGAAGGAUAUGUUCAGAAGGUGAACCCAGGAAAUGCUCCUUUAGUUGUUGGGCAGCUGUUAGAUGAUGAGUGUCCAGAAGAUUUUAUUAAAGGCUUGAUUCUAUCUGUUCGUUCUUUACUGCCAGUGGAGCCCCUUGUGGAGGAAUGUGAGAAGAGGAAUCGACUUCGUUUGCUCACACAAUUCUUGGAACAUCUUGUGAGUGAGGGAAGCCAGGACGUACAUGUUCAUAAUGCACUGGGUAAAAUUAUCAUUGAUAGCAACAACAAUCCAGAACAUUUUCUCACUACCAAUCCCUACUAUGAUUCUCGAGUUGUGGGCAAGUAUUGUGAGAAGCGAGAUCCCACAUUGGCCGUUGUAGCUUACCGACGAGGGCAAUGUGAUGAUGAACUCAUCAAUGUUACAAAUAAAAAUUCUUUGUUCAAACUACAAGCAAGAUACGUGGUUGAGAGGAUGGAUGCUGAUCUUUGGGAAAAUGUUCUCAACCCAGAUAAUGCCUACAGAAGGCAACUUAUUGAUCAGGUUGUAUCUACUGCUUUGCCUGAAAGCAAGAGCCCUGAGCAAGUUUCUGCUGCUGUUAAGGCAUUCAUGACUGCUGAUUUGCCUCAUGAAUUGAUUGAACUUCUUGAGAAGAUUGUGCUUCAGAAUUCUGCAUUUAGUGGGAACUUUAAUUUGCAGAAUCUGCUUAUUUUAACAGCCAUAAAAGCUGAUCCAUCCAGAGUCAUGGACUAUAUUAAUAGACUGGAUAACUUUGAUGGACCUGCGGUUGGUGAAAUGGCCGUAGAAGCUCAGCUAUAUGAGGAAGCAUUUGCAAUUUUCAAGAAGUUCAAUUUGAAUGUUCAAGCUGUCAAUGUCUUGUUAGAUAAUAUUCAAAGCAUUGACAGAGCUGUAGAAUUUGCCUUCCGAGUUGAAGAAGAUGCUGUUUGGAGUCAAGUGGCCAAGGCUCAACUCAGAGAAGGCUUAGUUAGUGAUGCAAUUGAGUCGUUUAUUCGAGCAGAUGAUGCUACACAAUUUUUAGAUGUUAUCCGUGUGGCUGAAGAUGCCAAUGUUUACCAUGAUUUAGUGAGGUACUUGCUGAUGGUAAGGCAGAAAGCAAAAGAACCCAAGGUAGACAGUGAGCUCAUUUAUGCAUAUGCAAAGAUUGACAGGCUGAGUGACAUUGAGGAGUUCAUUCUUUUGCCAAACGUUGCGAAUCUUCAAAACGUUGGUGACCGAUUGUAUGAUGAGGCACUUUAUGAGGCUGCAAAAAUCAUAUUUGCUUUUGUAUCGAACUGGGCCAAGCUGGCGGUCACACUCGUGAAGUUAAAACAGUUCCAGGGUGCUGUUGAUGCUGCAAGGAAAGCCAACAGCUCAAAAACAUGGAAGGAAGUUUGCUUUGCCUGUGUUGAUGCAGAGGAGUUCCGUUUGGCUCAGAUUUGUGGGCUCAACAUUAUUAUCCAGGUGGAUGACUUGGAAGAGGUCAGUGAAUAUUACCAAAAUAGAGGAUGCUUCAAUGAGCUGAUAUCUCUCAUGGAGAGUGGUUUAGGAUUAGAACGUGCACAUAUGGGUAUCUUUACUGAGUUGGGCGUUCUGUAUGCUAGAUAUCGUCCUGAGAAGCUUAUGGAGCAUAUCAAACUAUUUUCAAGCCGCCUCAAUAUUCCAAAACUCAUUAGAGCUUGUGAUGAACAACAGCAUUGGCAGGAACUGACAUAUUUGUACAUUCAGUAUGAUGAGUUUGAUAAUGCUGCAACUACUAUCAUGAACCAUUCUCCAGAAGCAUGGGAUCUCAUGCAAUUCAAAGAUGUUAUUGUCAAAGUUGCCAACGUGGAGUUGUAUUACAAGGCUGUUCACUUCUACCUGCAAGAGCAUCCUGAUCUUAUUAAUGAUGUUCUGAAUGUCCUUGCACUCCGUGUGGAUCAUGCACGUGUUGUGGACAUCAUGCGGAAGGCUAGUCACCUUCGUCUUGUGAAGCCAUACAUGAUUGCAGUUCAGAGCAACAAUGUCUCUGCUGUCAAUGAGGCAUUGAAUGAAAUUUAUGUUGAGGAGGAAGACUAUGACAGAUUGCGUGAAUCAAUUGAUUUGCAUGAUAACUUCGAUCAAAUAGGCUUGGCACAGAAGAUAGAGAAACAUGAGCUUCUUGAGAUGAGACGUGUUGCUGCUUAUAUUUACAAGAAGGCUGGCAGGUGGAAGCAGUCCAUUGCCUUGUCGAAGAAGGACAGCCUAUACAAAGAUGCCAUGGAGACAGCUUCCCAAUCUGGUGACCGUGAACUAGCUGAGGAAUUGCUUGUUUAUUUCAUUGAACAGGGAAAGAAGGAAUGCUUUGCUUCAUGCCUCUUUGUUUGUUAUGAUUUAAUUCGGGCAGACAUCGCACUUGAACUUGCCUGGAUGAACAACAUGAUUGACUUUGCCUUCCCCUAUCUCUUGCAGUUUAUCCGUGAGUACACUGGCAAAGUUGAUGAAUUGGUGAAGGACAAAAUUGAGGCACAGAAUGAAGUGAGGGCUAAAGAGAAGGAGGAUAAGGAAGUUAUUGCACAACAGAACAUGUAUGCUCAAUUAUUGCCUCUUGCCUUGCCUGCACCACCAAUGCCAGCGGUGGGAGGAGGAGCAGGUAUGGGAGGUGGCUUUGCUCCUCCCCCUCCAAUGGGUGGGUUAGGGAUGCCUCCAAUGCCUCCUUUUGGCAUGCCACCCAUGGGUAGCAGCUACUAACAUCCAAGCCAAAGUUGAAGUUUAACUACUCGCUCAUUUCAUGCGGGAAUUUUUCUUCUUGGGAGUUAUUCAUAGAUUUAUUUGUGGUAUUUUGAUGCAGCAUUUUUUCCUUGCUUCUGAUGGAGGUGGAGGUUCAAGUUAAAAUAAUUUCAAGUUUUCCUUGGGAGUUUUGUGUCAUAGGGUGGUUAUGGCUUAAAAUGUGUUAAAUCUUUUGUAGUUUUGAGGCAUUCUUUUGGCUGCUGGUAUGAGGUAGCCGAUGAUUUUCUGUAUUAUUUGUACCAUUUUUCUUGCAUUCAAUGAAUUAGUCCCCAGUGUAUAGAGACUUCAGCGGCCAGCAUGGAAUGCUUGUCAUGGCCUGGUUUAUCUCUCGUUAUUUGUUAUAUAUAUAAACUACCUCCUCUAAA